AUGGAAUCGUUGGUUGAAGGGGUCGCAUUUCGUCGGCAACUCGUUCACAUUCGCCGCGCUUUAUUCCCACGACGUGUCCAUCGAAAAGAUUACGAACGAAUUCGUGAAGAAAUCGACCGACUUGCCGGUUCUUGGCCACCUUUGAUUCGAUCAGCUAGUGUCCAGGCCCUUCCGAAAGAACUUUUUCAAGAUACAGAUGUGGCACCGACCGUGUCCAAGCCACCCGGUCGUCCGCGCAAACGGAACGUUUCUGGGGUGUCCACGGAGACUGAAGAUGAAGAGCUAUUACCUCAGGAUCCUUUGACCGAUGCAGUUGUAUUUCGUGUACCCUUGGCUGGUUCUACUGCUUCUCCUUCUCAGCCAGCCGUAUCGCCUCACCCACAAGGAUCAACCGACAGAAACAUGUCGGUACGACGAAGACGACACUCCUUUGAUUCGGGUGAUUUUUACAUGCUGCAACAACGCUACCCACCAAUAGCUGAGUCUGCGCACGAGAACCACAUGGGUAAUUUUCCGAAUGAUUCGACUGCACCGCCGAAAUUCCUCGACAUACCCGAACUCAUGUUUCGUAAGCAGACCCAAGGUGAUGCGUCCGUACCGUGCCCGCGGGCACGUGCUGCGCGCAAACGGUACCAGAGCAGUGGUCCCCGAAGUGAACCCCUCUAUGCUCAAACCGGGCAUCGUACGGGUCCCAAUCGAGUGAUGCAAUGA